CAUGACACUUCAGAGCAAAUAAUCGCUGAACGAGGCGUGCCAUGCCGCCUUGUUGUCAUUGGUCAUCUUCCUCUGGCCACAGCUAUCGGCACCGGGAACUACUCGGCGCCGACCACCGGCCUGGGACAGCCGAGGCAGCGGCGGCCAUCACCACCGAGUACCGUGGACGUGAAAGCGGACAUAUUAAACACGACUACGGAGUUGACCAGAAGCAGGAAGUGGGGGACUAUAUAGUUUGUCAACGAGCGGCAGUGGGCAAACUAAGGAAGCAGCAGUCAUGUCCAACGAACGCACGCCCCUCAUUACUUCAGGGAUGUGUGGUCUGACGGUGGCAGCAGCAACAUGCGGCGCCGUAGGGGACACGUCCCCCGACUCCAGCUCUGGCACACACAGCAAAGAGCCUCGGAAGCUCAACACCUUUUUCGGGGUGAUGGUGCCGACCAUCCUCUCCAUGUUCAGUAUCGUAUUGUUCCUGAGAACAGGGUUUGUUGUUGGCCACGCUGGUCUCCUGGAAGGUCUCCUGAUGGUGGUUGUAGCCUACACCAUCAUAACGCUCACCAUCUUGUCUAUCUGUGCCAUUUCCACCAACGGGGCCAUACAAGGCGGUGGUGCCUACUACAUGAUCAGUCGAUCCCUGGGACCUGAGUUUGGAGGAAGCAUUGGUUUGAUGUUCUUCUUGGCCAAAGUGUUUGCGUGUGGAGAAUAUGUUCUUGGUCUUGUGGAGGCUAUACUUGACGUCUUUGGCGUGGAUGCUGAAACAUCCGUGUCCGAGGGUGUGCGCGUGCUCCCUCAAGGUUACUGGUACAUCGUGCUCUACUCCUCUGUAGUCCUCCUCUUGUGUCUUCUGGUGUGUCUGGUGGGCGCCCACAUCUACUCCCGCACCGCCUUCGCCAUCCUGCUGCUGGUCACCGUGUCGCUGUUGUCCGUCUUUAUCAGCUCUUUGGCCGUCAAACCUCUAGAUUUUGUCCUCACUCACUUGGGUCCUGGCAACCAGACCCAGCGUUAUAACGCCAGCUACACGGGCUUUAACCUAACAACGCUGAAGAACAACCUGGGCCCUGGUUACUCGUUGGACUACAGCACCCACACUGUAAUGUCCUUUGCCACCGUGUUCGCCGUCAUGUUCACCAGCUGCACUGGAAUUAUGGCUGGAGCCAACAUGUCAGGAGACCUGGAAACUCCAAGCAUAUCCAUCCCCAAAGGUACCAUCGUGGCCGUCAUUUACACAUUCAUUGUCUACGUUCUCUUCUUCCUCCUGGUCAGCGCCACCUGUGACAGGACUCUGCUGAUUCAAGAUUAUGGCUUCCUCCAAAGAAUAAACAUUUGGCCGCCAUUUGUGACCAUAGGGAUAUACUGUGGCGCCCUCUUCGCCGCAAUGUGCUCCAUGAUCGGAGCAUCCCGUAUCCUGCACGCCCUCGCUGUGGAUAAACUCUUUGGUUUGCCAUUAGCCCCUGCCACCAUCACAACCAGCUCAGGGAACCCAUGGAUGGCUGUGCUUUACACGUGGGGGCUGGCACAGUGUGUGGUGUUUGCUGGUCAACUCAAUGCUGUUGCCAGCUUGGUGACUGUUUUCUACUUGCUUGCCUACGCCGCACUUGACUUGGCUUGUUUGGCCCUUGAGUGGGCUUCAGCGCCAAAUUUCAGGCCGACCUUUCGGUUCUUCUCUUGGCACACGUGUCUGCUGGGCAUCCUGAGUUGUUUAGUCAUGAUGUUCGUCAUAAACCCCGUGUACUCAUCGGGUAGCAUCGUGCUCCUGUUGUUGCUGCUGCUCUUCCUCCACUUCCGUUCUCCCACCAGCAGCUGGGGCUACAUCAGCCAGGCUCUCAUCUUCCAUCAGGUGCGCAAGUAUCUGCUGAUGCUGGAUGUGAGGAAGGACCAUGUGAAGUUCUGGAGGCCACAGGUGCUGUUAAUGGUCGCCAAUCCGCGAUCUUCCUGCCAGCUUAUCCUCUUUGUCAACCAGCUGAAAAAGGGAGGACUGUAUGUGUUGGGCCACGUGCAGCUCGGGGAUCUAGAUUCUUUUCCGUCAGACCCUGUGCAGCAACAGUACAGCUUUUGGUUGAGUUUAGUCGACAAGCUCGGGGUGAAGGCCUUCGUAGACCUGACGCUCUCUCCGUCUGUCAGACAGGGAACGCAACAUCUUCUGCGCAUCACAGGUCUCGGUGGCAUGAAGCCCAACACCCUGAUUUUGGGUUUCUAUGACAACUGCACCCCUGAGGACUUCUUCCUUCAAGAUACAGCCUUCUGUGGCACGUCACUGGGACAAGGCACAGAGGGCGAGUAUAAUUUUGGGGUUGACCUGCCUUCAUUACAAGCUCAUUUCCCUCCGGUCCGACAUGUUGAGAGCCCACGCUGGCUCUCGCCCGAAGAGUACGUCGGGAUCAUUUCGGACGCCAUCAAAAUGAACAAGAACGUGUGCCUGGGACGUUAUUUCUUCCACUUGGAAGGCGAGGGGAAGCAGAGCAAAGUGGACGGGUCGGAGCGGACCAUCGACGUGUGGCCUCUCAAUCUGCUGCAGCCGGGCUGUGGAGAUUAUCAGGACGUGUGCAGCCUGUUUUUGCUGCAGAUGGCGUGUGUGCUCAACAUGUCCAGCAAGUGGCGCCAUGCCAGGAUGAGGAUCUUCCUGAACGUGGAGACGGAGUCCAGCGACCAGGGCUGGGUGGUGAACGAAGAGACGUUUCGAGAGUUACUGAGGAAGCUCAGAAUCCGGGCGUCCAUUAAGAUCGUGCCGUGGGACUCGGUGGUGCAGCACUACACUCAGCCAACGGAGGACGCUGGGGAGCAAAGCCACACCCUCUCGGAGCUCUUCUUGUCCGCGGUGAACUGCAUGUUAUUGGAGCACAGUUCUCAGGCUGCUGUCCGCUUCCUGUAUCUACCGCGACCUCCUGCUCACUACAGCCAAUCCCAGGGGUACUUGGCUCACCUGGAAGCAGUGACCAACACUUUAGGGCCAACGCUCUUCAUCCAUGGCGUCACACCGGUAACAUACACGGAUCUGUAAGCAUGAGCGCUUAGAACGCUUCCCUAAAUCCUUAUUUAAGUGUUCUUAUACAAGCACUUGUUACAUAAAGUGGAUACAAGGGUUCGCUUCAUUAGGUACAUUUUAUGAGAUGAUUGGUUUGACAGUAUUUAUGUUAUUGUGCAAACUGAGCAUUACUGUAUUAGCUUUGAAACAUCUCUUGUAUUCAAUCCAAUUACAUGGUGCAGGUGUACCUAAUGAUCUGUCUGGUUUGUGUACGGUACUACAUUCUAAACUCUGUUACAGUCAGUGUACAACAAAUAUAUAUACACACCUAUAAUACUAUUGUAGUAGGAUACGUUCCUGUACUGUUUGUUUUCAUGCACUUGGACUGCUGAAAUUGUGGCACUUAUGAUUAUUGUUAAGGAUGUCCCGAUUCAAUAUUGAUAUUAGUUCGAUAUCAGCAAAAAUACUAACAAAAAAAAACGUAUCGGAUGAUAUCAGCUUGGAUCUGCAAGCACUCCUGCAGUGUGUUUACUUGUGCAAAGCUGGACAGCCAGUUAACAUCUAAAUAUCCUCCCAAAAGCACACAGGGUUGGUCUUUUCUUGUAUUUUAGUGAUGUCAUUUACAAAAGGUAAACAUGGUAGGCGAUGGGCUUCUAGGGGCUAGCAGCUACACAACAGCUAAGCACACAAGCUUGACUUAUGCAGUACAUGUCCUUAAUUGUCAAUGUUUGUCGAUGUAAACAAGUAUUAAAUAUUAUAGUUGUAUAUUACUUACACUUACAAAGUCUCCAAGGCAGAAGUGCAUUAGAAAGUAUCCAAUAACAUGCGUGUCCGUAUCAUUCAAUUUACUGUGUCACUUAAUUUAUGAAAUUUCGUAACCACUAGGUGUGCCAAAACACAAAUUACCACUCCAUUUCAAAAGCAUGAAUCUGUCAUAAGGUGUUUUUAUACAUACUAUUGUUUUCUGAGUAAUUUCACUUGAUCAUACCUUUUCUAAUGUUCCACACUACAAAAUAACAAAAGUAUGUAUAGGAUUCUUGCUGGUAUAAUAUCAGAUUAAUAUCAUCGGUCAACCGAUAUCGGCAAUAUCGGUAUCGAAUCAGAAGUGAAAAAGUCGUAUCGGGACAUCCCUAAUUAAUAUAAUAUAAUAACAUUUGUUCUAUAGAAACGUCCAUAUUUAUAGUCAUAUUAUCAGGGAUGUUUUUUUUAAUUGUAUGAAAGUACAAUAUCUGUUUUAUUUCUUGCUACUUUUUUUUUUGUUGCAGAGUCUUUCAAAAACUCAAAUAAGGGGAAACAUUUCCAGUAUUCACACAAGAAUUAAGAAAUGUGUUUGUUUGUUUGCAUGCUUGCGUUGGGCGGCACAAAAAUCUAUGCUGGAUCAGCGGUCGAUCAAAUUAGAUCAAAUGUAAAACUCCAGUUACUACAAUGUAGCAAAUAUUUAGUUUUCCAUGUGUUUAACGCUGAAUGUCACCUCAACAGGAACAGAAACUGGACAAAACACAAAAAGCGCCAAACAUGAUUUGGCUUUGCUCGUCUCAUGUGCUUGCAUGUCUCAAAAAUAUCAUUACUGUAUGAACAUGCAUAACUGAUAUUUGUCACUAAUUCAGCAAAUGUAUACUCCCAGGUCAUUAUUACGUACACUGGCACUUAUCUUACUAAAUCAAACACGAUAAUUACAAACACUGCCUUUAAUCUCCCCCUCAUGCAGCGAAUAACACACCCACAAAUGUUAGAAACACCUCAGCAUUUAUUUGCUGACUGUCACUCAAAGUGAAGCAUUAUUAUAUGUUUAUGUUUGAUACAGCUCUUGUAUUGGAGUUUAUACAAAGUCUCACAGGCGUACAGGUGUUGUGGUCAGUGAGUAUAUACUGUAUGUAUUUAUCAUGUAUGCAUCGUCAGUGCUCCAGUGUACAAUAAAUAUUGUGUGGUUGUAUUUGUGUUUGCUGUGAUACAAAUUGCUGAUCCUAUUCCCACAAUCAUGUUGCCAUGGUGACUCUCACAGGUCUUGGUUUAAACAUGGAGGACAAUUUCAAUCCCAAAUUUUCCAUUAGCUUGCAAAGAUUAAUGCAAUAAUGGAAAUACUAUUUUCGUGGAUUGAAUAUAAAUAAGCAUGGUAUUAUGUCCCUUCCUCCUGUUUCCUUUCCUUUUGUGCUUAUGCAGUGUCUUUACCCACUUCCCUUCUGCUCCUGCUCAGACAUACAUGCCACAAUGCAGGAAGUUGACAAUAAAAGCUGAGGUAUCUUUUUUUUUUUUUUCCGCUUGCCUUUAGGAAUCAAUCUUGUCUACAAAUACUUCAGCAAUGAAAAGCAAACUAUUACACUGUUUGGUCAAUUUAACGCCACACAUUUUAUGUCAUAUCUGCAUGCAUUUGUUGCGUCAAUACCUGUCAACCCUCCCAUUUUCUACCCCUUAUUUUGCCAUUUUUUUCCCGUAAAUGUCCUGUAUUUCAACUUUCACCCCCUAAAAGUCUGCAAGGACAAUGGUGCAAUGUAUUGGUAUUGGGCAGUCUGGUCUUUUCCAGGAAAGUGUCCACUUAUGUUUGCAUCAACAAACUUAGUCUUUUUGUAUAAACAAGUAGCAAUAUCCACCGUCCUCUUGUUCACCACAUUGGAAAAUUGUGUUGGUAUCUUAUAAAUGACGUAUUUUACUAAAACCAUCUUAAACUAUUUAGUAACCCUUAGUCUUCCGUCUUCUGGAAGGUCCUGGAUCAUUUCAUGUGCAUUUCCCUGCUGCACUAUAUUUGUUUUUGUCACUAAAGGGGAACUGCACUUGUUUUGGAGUUUUGCUUUUCAUUCACCAUCAUUAUAUAAGAUAAGCACACACAUUUUCCUUUUUAUUAAUGCAUACUAAAUAGUAAAUAAAUGUGUCACGGUCCGGGCGUGCAUCAGUGCGCAUUCAUCUGUGUGCUGCGCUGAGUGCAGAUCCGAGAGCAUGUAAAUCGCAUGCCAGACCGGCGGCAGCGAACAGCUGCAAUCAAUCGCCGGCAAUCUGCACACCUGGAGCUGAUGAUCAGACCUGCCUUCAAAAGCCUUCACAACCUACCAACCCGCGCCAGAACAUAACUAUCCGUUUGUGUACCGUAAGCCGACUAACCCUGCUAUGUGUUCUCUCUCUCUCUCACUCUCUCGCUCUUUCUGCGUUUCACCCUCCGUGUUUUCAUUGUCUUCCUUGUUGUCCUCCCCAGCAGUCUGCCUUCAUUCCCGCAUCGACGAGUGUGCUUCUCGUCAGUUCUUGUUUCCCUGCUUCCCGGACUGCCUCCUCAAUCCUCCACCCCCGCUUGGACACGGACCUCCUACGCCCCGAUUAGACCCGGACUUACUGCCUGUGUCUCGGAUCGCGAGCCUUGUCCCUCCUCGUUCAACAUUAGGGUCGCGGGGGGUGCUGGAGCCUAUCUCAGCUGCAAUCGGGCGGAAGGCGGGGUACACCCUGGACAAGUCGCCACCUCAUCACACUAUUUAUUGCACACAAAAAACAAGGUCCAGGAUGUC